GAUGACGUCGCUGAUAUUUUGGAAAGACACCCGGAAGUGCAGGAGAACUCGACGACCGAAACCCGAACAGAAGUUUCAGCCAACGAGUCCGGCUUUAUUUCCCAGAUUAUUGUUGGAGAGGUGUUCGCGAGCAGAGCAGCGACAUCAACCGAGAGGAGCAGGAUGCCUUCCGCCAUGGACAAACAUCUCUUCAAUUUAAGAAUUGCUGCCAAAGAACUCAAAAGAAACUCCACGAAAUGUGACAAAGAUGAAAAAGCGGAGAAAUUGAAAGUUAAGAAAGCCAUACAGAAGGGGAAUACAGAAGUGGCGAGGAUCCAUGCAGAGAACGCCAUCAGACAGAAGAACCAGUCUGUGAACUUCCUGAGGAUGAGCGCUCGGGUAGAUGCAGUCGCAGCAAGGGUUCAAACUGCACUGACAUUGAACCAGGUCACUAAAUCUAUGGGUGGAGUGGUGAAAGGCAUGGACAUAACCCUGAAGAGUAUGAACUUAGAAAAGAUUUCAGCUCUCAUGGACAAAUUUGAACGGCAGUUUGAAACCCUGGAUGUUCAGACAGCCCAAAUGGAGGACACCAUGAGCAGCACGACAACACUCACAACACCACAGAACCAAGUGGACUCAUUGCUGCAUGAAAUGGCAGAUGAAGCUGGAUUGGACCUGAACAUGGAGCUCCCUCAGGGACAGACAGGAUCAGUGGGUACCAGCGUGGCCUCUGCAGAACAGGAUGAACUCUCUCAAAGGCUCGCCAGACUCAGAGAUCAAAUGUAAAGGAGGACUGCAGUGGACGUCACUACCUGAAUAUUACUCCCAAACACUUUAUAUCUGUACCAUGUCUUCGCUCCUCUUUACAUCUCAUAUCUGUCUGGAGGAGUUACAUUAUUAUUGUUUUUUUCCCACACAUAACGGCCCUUACUGGUUCAGUGCUCAUGAUAACCUCAUCAAUUAGACACCCCAAGCUAACAGAACUAUUAAAUGUGUAUACUUAAAAUCUCCACACCUGAAAAUAACUUGGAUUGCAACAGUUAUUACCCUGUAUAUUAUUUCUAUACAAGUUAUGCAUACUUGUGGUUUAUAAGAUGAAAGUUUUUGGAUAAUGGGUUUCAGUUAUUUUCUUUGUAUGUGCAUGAUUGCAGAAGGCAUAUAUGCAUUUCUCUUAUAAUCAGAUAAUGGAAGACCCCCUCUUCCCCCUCCUUACUGGUGAAUAGAAAUAUUGUGUUGAUUUGUUGUAUUUUUCUUCUGACAAAUAAUAAUAAUUUUAAGAAGAUAUCAGAUGAUUAGCUUAGGUGUGUUUGAGUCUGGUCAUCUUUGGUGUUGUCACUGAUUGUUUGGGAGGGGGGUUUCAGUUUGGAGAUUACAUAAAGUAAGUAAACAAUAAAGUUUUAUAAUACUUUUA